AUGUAAAAAAAUGAAUAGAAAGAACUACUGUUGAUUAAAUAAAAUAAUGAUGCCACUCUUAAUUCAUUAUAAGAGAGUGAAUACUAAGUACUUAUUAACUUAAUUUAGUCAAAAAAGAGUCUUUUAAAUGAAUUGUAAACGGAUGAAAAGCUUAAUGUGAAACGUAUGUCUUAAGAGUUGCUGACUAAUCAUUAGAUUAUACAUUAAUGUAUUUCUCGUAUUCUAUAUAUCUAGAAAAAUUUAUAAAUCUAACUAAGACACAUGUAAAAUUGAAUAAGAAAGUCAAAAAUGCAUUCAUUUAGAAAAAAAACAUUUCUUAAAAGAGUAUUUCAACAAAAUAAGAUGAAAAAUUAAUAGAAAUUGAUAAUUUUAGUUAAAUAGCUAUUGGCUCGGAUAUUCAUUAAAAUAAGAUAUCAAAUUGUUAGCCUCAGUAUUAUUUAUUGAAUUAUAUAGCAUUUUAAUGCUCAAACAUAGAAGAGCAUAUCAUCUAAAGAAAAAAAUUAGAAAAUAAUAAAAAUAUCUCAAAUAAGGUUCAAAACAAAAAGAUAAUAAACAAGAUUAAAAUAAUGUCAAUAAAAUCUUUCAACUUUAAAAAAAACCUAAAGAAGCAAAAGAUUAAGAAACAAGUCAUUCUAAAAAAUUCGUUUCAUACCCCUCAACAGAAACCUUUAUCUCUGAAGAUCUUGAUUUAUCAAAUCAAAGUAUUUUAUAAAAGUGUAUUUAUAGAGUAUUUUCAAUAAAAAUAAUAUUACAUGUAUAAUUUGGUUGGGCAUCUCGAAGGCUAACUAACAGAUACAUUUCAGUCUUAGAUGUAUUUAAGACACUUUUUAUAGAUCUACGAGAAUUUAUAAAAAUCAAAAAAAAUCCAAAUUUCAUUAACUUUUUCAAUAUCACAAAAAAUAAAAGCACAAACAAGUAUUUUUAAUAAAAUUAUUAGAAAAAUAAAAAACUUUGGUUAUUGAUCUUGAUGAGACCUUAGUACAUUGUAAUGAAUAUCCAUAAUUAAAAUCAGAUUUUUAUAUUCCAGUGAAAGUGAAUAAUCUAAUUUAUUAAGUAAGCAAUAAAUUUUAUUAGGCUGGAAUUAGCAUUAGACCAUAUACAUAAGAAUUCUUAAAAAAUAUGGCCUAGUAUUAUGAAAUCAUAAUAUUUACUGCUUCUAAUGAAGAAUAUGCAAAUUAAAUUAUAAAUUAUUUGGAUCCAUAAGGAAUCAUUAUUUCUGGUAGAUUGUUUAGGGAAAAUUGCAUAGAAAUAGAACCAGGUUGUCAUAUAAAAGAUUUAAGAAUUCUGAAUAGAGACUUGAAAGAUGUAGUCUUAAUAGAUAAUUCCGCUUUCUCAUAUGCUUUUUAAAUUGAGAAUGGAAUUCCAAUAAUCCCUUAUUUGGAUAAUAAAAAAGACAAUGUAUUUAUUAAUAUAAUCAAAGGAAUUAUAACAUUUAGAGUCAUAUUUGAAGGUCCUAAUAAAAUAUGACGAUUUUCGUAAAAUCAAUACUAAAUUAUUUAAUUUAUAAGUAAUUUAAAACUGCAAUUCGAUUUAGGAUGCUAUUAGAUAAAUUAUUUCUAAUUCUAAUAGCUAAUUUUUUCUGAAUGACAGCAUGAAUUAUUUGUAUAAUUGA